AUGGAUUUUUGCGAGAGCCACAAAACGCAUUCGAAACUUUUGCCUUGGCAACUUCAAAAUGCCAAAUGCGAAACACAUUUUGGGUUCAAGUUGCUGCUGAUGGUGAUUGUUGCCGCUUUCACUGCUGCUGAUGUUGUUUUUGAACUUAUCAACACGCCGAUCACUUGCGACAGUUUCCGUUUUGCCUCAGAUACAAGUACCCAUACAUAUACAUGUACCCACCCAUUGGGAAAGGACCAGGAGCAGGACCUAAUUGCCCCGCACCCAGUUACAGUUACAGUUUCAGUUCCAUUCCCACAACCAACGAACCAUCGAACCCUCAACCCAAAACCCAAACCCAAAACCCCGCUCAAGGUGAGCAAUGUAAAAACUUCCUGUGCACUCAUUUAG